AUGGCUGCACCGCUAUCGGGCUUCCUGCUCUCGUCUCUGGUACUCCACCUGCUUCUUCUCGGCCCUUUGUUCGCCCUCGCCCCGGGGACGGGGAAUACAGGAGGGGCUUCCUACCGGUGGACCCCGGGCCUCUGCAACCGAGACGCCGGUAAAGUGAGCCAGAAGCAACAGCAGCAGCGGUACGAGGAAGCAGGGGAGUCGCCGAGUGGCAGCUGGUAUCUACGCCCAAGCAGGUGGACCGUAGAGCGGAUACAGACUGAGGGAUGCUCUGGAGUGCAGCGCGCAGGAGGGACGCUGGGAGGAUAUCAACGGGAUGGGGCAAGGAGGAUACGGAAAGAGAGAGAGAAAAGAGUCGGGACGGAGUGGAGGAGUGGAGAGGAUCAUCCGACAUCAUCACCACCACCACCACCUCUACCCCCUCCUCUACACCCAGAUAUUGGGAGCAGGUCGAGCUCAGAUGGCGUCGGCUCAGGAGAGGGAGUGGAGAGAGGGAGGAUGGGGAGGAAGGGCGUUGUUUCACCUCCCGCUUCACCUGCUUUCACCUCGUCGCCGGUUCAAAACGGCAAGAAACGGGCAGUACAAAGGACUAGAGCGUGCGCGCAACGGUGGCCGGCGUCAAGGCCACACCUCGCCAAACGUGGCGCCGACAGAGCCUUUGUGCACGCCUCUGGCCUGUGCAGGGCACCCGGAAGUGGAGGGAGGAGAGGGGGAGAGGUGUUGGAGAGGGCUCGUGAGGUGAGGACGUCCUUCGCUACGCCGUGCCCCCUGACACCUGGGCGUCUCUACCGGUCGAGCCCCGACAAGCAAGCCCUCUCCGCGGCCAACAACCCCUCACCUGGCCCCUUGCCAACCGGUUGCUCAUGUUGUAUUCAUCCUCUUUCUGGAUACAAUUCACCGCAUGCUGGGGCUUCAAACUACACCUUCAGAUUUCACCCCCGUUUCGCAAAGAAUUCAGACUGUAUCCAGAGAUUUGAUUUGGACCACACGUAUCAUUUUACAGCUUGUGAUUCCUCCCAGACCGGCUACACAGGUAGAAUUCAGCCACAUCCAGGUUAUAGGAACAACAUCAACAGCCAGGCUUGCGAACCUGAUGGGGGCUCGGCCAGCGUGGACAGGAGGCUCAGAGGAAUCUCCCCAUCCAAUUUACCCCCGGCAGCAUCACUGAGAGGCAACGUUUUCUACCCAGCAAAAGCGCCAUUCCCUAAACUCGCCUCAGAAUAUCCUGGCCCGGUUCUCGAUACGCCCACUCAAACACAAACAGGCGAUAAAACAGAAAGUGGAAAAUUGUCCAAACCGCUUUGUCUGUCUGCUGAAAAAGUAAAAGCAACUUCUGAGACAGAGCCUGACGGUGACUCAGGCGUUUUCUCGCCUGCUAAGUUUCCCGUUAAAUCUCACAAUGUUGUGUCAGAUGCGUCUCGCUCCGCAACCACUCAGCCUGAUCACACCACGGUAAAACGACUCUCGCUUUUCUCGGAAAUCAACCUGACCACAUGGCAGGAUGACUCCCCGCGUUCGCUUCACUCCCCCUCUGAGGAGGAUGUGAUUUCAGUACUGCGGACAGCUCCAUUAGACUCUCAGCGCGUGUUUUUGUGGAGCAGAUUCAACACUAACAACAACAACAACAACAACAACAACAACAACCACCACAGAGAGGAGGGUAGCGAGGAGAUACACGGAUACAGUCAUGAAUCUGAAAUCGAAAAAGCGUCGUGGCGUGGUCAGGCACAGCAGCAAGACCUGUGGGAGAGCGCGCUGCGAGAGAUGGCCCAGGCAGGGUGCGCUGACAGCGUCUCCGCCGACUGUUCAGCCACAGAGCGCGAGGGCCACGCGUAUACGCAAUUUAAACCCGGUAAACAAGUGCCAUUAGCGCCCGAAGGUGUCAGACAGUCAGAUAGGCGGCAGAUGGGGACCGAGGGAGAAAGGGAGAGGGAUGGAGAGAAGGAGGGAGAGAGCUUGGAGGGCUCCGCUGCUGUUGCUGCUGGGGGAGGAAAAUUACAGGUGGGGGAGGGCGAAAGAGAGGCGCGGCUGAUAGGAGGGAGAGAACCGGGGGGAGAAGAGGAAGACGAGGAGGAGGAGGAGUGGGAGAGGGAAAGGGGAAUAACAAAGGCAAGCCAGGCAGCGGAGAGAGAGGCAGAGGGAGGGAAGGGUCAGGAUAGGGGCAGCAGCACCGCCAGCAUCACGCAGCCUGACAACGAAAGAGGGAAGAAAGAGAGCCACGAGGGGGGAGAGGUGGAGAGGGAGGGAGAGGAGGGGGAGGAGGAGAGGCACAGUUCAAGGGGAGAGAGGAGCCUGGAACGACUGAUAAUAGUAGCAGACGAUGAAACCUCACAGAAAGACGGGGAGAGGAGGAUCCUGAUGCCGUGGCCUCGCUCUCGACGUGCAGCCAACAGACACCCCCACUUCUCCCUGUAUAACUACCAGGUACAGGUGGCUGAGAACCAACCACCCGGUACCUCAGUCAUCGUCAUGUCUGCCACAGACCCAGAUGCGGGAGACGCGGGCAGAGUGAGCUACACUAUGGCUCCUCUGAUGAACAGUCGCUCAUCGGACUAUUUCCACAUCCACUCAGACACAGGUCUCAUUACUACCACUCAGAUUCUUGACAGAGAACACAUGGACCUGCAUUACUUCCGGGUCACAGCAACUGAUCAUGGCUCCCCUCGCCUCUCUGGCACUACAAUGGUGGCCAUUACUGUGUCAGACCGGAAUGAUCAUUCCCCUAUAUUUGAGCAGACAGAGUACAGGGAGACGAUCAGGGAGAAUGUAGAGGAGGGUUAUCCCAUCUUACAGCUUAGAGCAACAGAUUCGGACUCCCCGUCCAAUGCCAAUAUCCGUUACCGCUUUGUCGGUGACACGGCUGCAAUAGCACGAUCGGCCUUUGAGAUUGACCCACGCUCUGGCCUCAUUACGACCCGUGGGGCGGUGGACCGGGAAACAAACGAGCACUACACUCUCCAGGUGGAGGCCAGUGACCAGGGGAAGGACCCGGGGCCACGCUCCGCCACCGUCAAAGUUUUCAUCACGGUGCUGGAUGAAAACGACAACGUGCCCCAGUUCAGUGAAAAGCGCUAUGUGGUGGCGGUGAAGGAGGACGUGCGGCCUCACUCUGAGAUCCUACGUGUGAGUGCCACAGACCGGGACAAGGACAGCAACGCUGCCGUUCACUAUAACAUCAUCAGCGGUAACAGCCGCGGGCAGUUUUCCAUCGACAGUGUCACUGGUGAGAUCCAGGUGGUGGCACCACUAGACUACGAGGCCGAACGGGAGUAUACGCUCCGUGUCCGUGCUCAGGACAACGGCCGGCCACCUCUCUCCAACAACACUGGGAUUGUUAGCGUGCAGGUGACAGACGUCAACGACAACCCACCCAUAUUCGUCUCCACACCAUUUCAGGCGUCUGUGCUCGAGAGCGCCCCAGUUGGCAGUUCCAUCCUCCACAUCCAGGCCAUUGACACAGACUCUGGUGACAAUGCCCGCCUGGAGUACAGGUUAACCGGCACCAGCUCUGACACGCCGUUCAUUAUCAACUCUGCAACAGGUUGGGUCACUGUCAGCUCCAUCCUCGACCGUGAGUCUGUAGAGCACUAUUUCUUCGGCGUGGAGGCCAGGGAUUAUGGCAUGCCGCCUCUUUCUGCCACAGCCAGUGUUACUAUCACAGUGAUGGAUGUUAAUGACAACCGCCCCGAGUUCCUCCAGAAGGAGUACUACGCCCGCCUGAAUGAGGACGCAGCGGUCGGCACCAGCGUGGUGACUGUCACGGCGGUAGACCGUGACGUCAACAGCGCGGUUACCUAUCAGAUAACAGGAGGAAACACCAGGAACCGCUUUGCCAUCAGCACAGCGGGAGGCGCCGGACUCCUCUCCCUGGCCCUCCCAUUGGACUACAAACAGGAGCGGCGUUACGUCCUGACAGUCACCGCCUCAGACCGCACGCUCCACGACACCUGUCAGGUACACAUCAACAUCACAGAUGCGAAUACACACCGGCCCGUGUUCCAGAGCGCCCACUACUCUGUCAGCGUGAACGAAGACCGGCCACCAGGAAGCACUGUGGUUGUGAUCAGUGCCACAGAUGACGAUGUUGGUGAAAAUGCUCGAAUCACAUACUUCCUCGAGGACAAUAUCCCGCAGUUCCGCAUUGACCCAGCCUCAGGGGCGAUAACACUCCAGGCGGAGCUCGACUAUGAGGACCAGAUGACCUACACUUUGGCUAUAACAGCUAAAGACAACGGCAUACCACAGAAGUCAGACACUACAUACGUUGAGGUGAACGUCAAUGACGUGAACGACAAUGCACCUCAGUUCCUCAGCCCCAGGUACCAGGGCACAGUGAGCGAGGACGCCCCUCCCUUCACCAGCGUGCUCCAAAUCUCAGCCACUGACCGUGACGCACACGCCAAUGGUCGCGUCCAGUACACCUUCCAAAAUGGCGAGGACGGGGAUGGAGACUUCACCAUCGAACCUACAUCUGGCAUCGUCCGAACUGUCCGGCGUUUGGACCGCGAGAGCGUGCCGUUCUACGAGCUCACAGCCUACGCCGUAGAUCGGGGCGUGCCCCCUCAGCGAACCCCAGUCCACAUCCAGGUGACGGUUCUCGACGUGAACGACAACGCCCCCGUCUUCCCUGCUGACGACUUCGAAGUCCUGGUGAAGGAAAACAGCGCGGUGGGCUCCGUGGUGGCCCAGAUCACCGCCACUGACCCGGACGAGGGCGCAAACGCACAGAUCAUGUACCAAAUCGUGGAGGGUAACAUCCCUGAAAUCUUCCAGAUGGACAUUUUUUCUGGGGAGCUCACCUCGCUCAUCGAUCUCGACUACGAGGCCCGCAAUGAGUAUGUCAUCGUAGUCCAGGCCACCUCGGCACCUCUAGUCAGCCGGGCGACUGUGCGAAUCCGACUGGUGGACCAGAACGACAACCGGCCCACUCUGCAGGACUUUCAAAUCAUUUUCAACAACUUCGUGUCCAAUCGGUCCAACAGCUUCCCCAGCGGGGUGAUUGGGAGGGUUCCUGCCCACGACCCCGAUGUGUCAGACAGACUGUACUACACCAUCGACAGGGGGAACGAGCUUCACCUGCUGCUCCUGAAUCACACCAGUGGAGAGAUCCGACUGAGCCGAAAACUGGAUAACAACAGGCCUCUGGUCGCUCCCAUGCUGAUCACCGUCACGGAUGGAGUCCACAGCAUUUCAGCCCAGUGCGUUCUCCGUGUCCUCAUCAUCACAGAGGACAUGCUGGGAAGCAGUGUCACUGUCCGCCUCCAGAACAUGUCCCAGGAGCACUUCUUGUCACCACUGCUGGGUAACUUCCUGGAGGGAGUGUCUGCGGUGCUCUCAGUGCCCGUCGAGGACGUUUUCAUCUUCAACAUCCAGCCAGACCUGGAUGCGGCGCCGGGAGGGAUCCUGAAUGUCAGCUUCUCUGCUGCGCUGCCUGGCGGGCACUUCUUCCCUUCUGAAGCCCUGGAGGAACAGCUGUACCUGAACAGGCUGAAGCUGACGUCACUGACUCAGAUGGAGGUGCUCCCAUUUGACGACAAUGUGUGUCUGCGCGAGCCGUGCCAGAACUACAUGAAGUGCAUCUCGGUGCUACGUUUCAACAGCUCCGCCCCUUUCAUCUCCUCGCCCUCCAUCCUCUUCCGGCCCAUCCAUCCCAUCGCGGGCCUACGCUGCCGCUGCCCGGUGGGCUUCACGGGUGAUUACUGUGAGACGGAGAUCAACCUGUGUUACUCCAACCCCUGCCUGAACGGAGGGGUGUGCGCCCGCAGAGAGGGAGGCUACACCUGUAUCUGCCGUGAAGACUACACUGGUGACCGAUGUGAGUUUGACCGGCGACAGGGCAGGUGCGUGCCAGGUGUUUGCCGUAAUGGAGGAACAUGUCACGAGCUUUCGGGUGGGGGUUUCCGCUGCGAGUGCCCUUCACGAGACUAUGAGCGUCCAUACUGCACCGUCACCGCCCGGUCCUUCCCACCCAAAUCCUUCAUCAUGUUCCGGGGCCUCAGACAGAGAUUUCACCUCUCUAUCUCAUUAACUUUUGCCACCCUGGAAAACAGUGGUCUCCUCUUCUAUAAUGGACGCUUCAAUGAGAAACACGACUUCAUUGCCUUGGAAAUCCAAGAAGGGCAAGUGGUGCUCAAAUAUUCCACAGGUGAAUCAUCCACUCAGGUGAGUCCCUUCCUGCCUGGCGGUGUGAGUGAUGGAAACUGGCACACAGUCCACAUCCACUAUUACAACAAGCCUAAGCGCAGUAUGAGCGGUGAGGCCCAGGGUCCAUCAGAUGAGAAGAUUGCUGUUGUGAGCAUUGACGACUGUGACACAGCAUUGUCGCUUCGCUUCGGCACGCAGCUCGGAAAUUACAGCUGUGCUGCGCAGGGCAAACAGACCAGCAGCAAGAAGUCUCUGGAUCUGACUGGUCCGUUGUUUCUGGGUGGAGUUCCCAACGUACCAGACAACUUCCCUUUUGGCACUAGGGAGUUUAUCGGCUGUAUGAAGGAGCUGCACAUUGACAAUAAGCCGCUGGACUUGGCUGGAUAUAUCGCUAACAAUGGAACAGUCCCCGGCUGUAGUGCCAAGCAGCCGUUCUGCAAGUCCAACCCCUGUCAGAAUGGAGGAACCUGCAGGGUCAGCUGGGAGACUUUCUCCUGUGACUGUCCCUUAGGGUAUGGAGGGAAGGACUGCAGCCACGUGAUGCCACACCCCCAUCGCUUCCUGGGUAACAGUGCCCUCUGGUGGGACCUGAAGAACGACGUGACCAUCUCCACGCCCUGGUACCUGGGCCUGGUGUUCAGGACCAGAGCAAAAGAGGGGAUGCUGCUGCAGGCUCAGGCUGGCCAGUACACCAACCUGCUGUUCCAGGUGAUAAAUGGUCAGCUGGUGUUCUCGGUGACCCGCGGUGGGAACAGACCGGUGCGUUUGCGGUUGGAUCAGGUUCAGGUGGCAGACGGACAGUGGCAUGACCUCCAACUGGAACUGCGAGACGUUCACAGUGGCCGCGAGACGCGAUACGUCGCCACACUGCGGCUCGACUUUGGACUUUAUCAGGGAACAGUGAUAGUGGGAAAUGAGAUUCAUGGCUUGAAGGUGAAACAUCUGCAUGUGGGAGGAGUGCUGGGCUCUGGAGAGGUUCAGAACGGCAUAAGAGGAUGCAUACAGGGUGUUCGGUUGGGUGUACGUCCUGACGCCCCUGCCCUGCCCCGCCCAUCAAGAACUGUCAAAGUGGAGACUGGCUGCAACGUCGGCAACCCCUGCGUCUCGUCUCCUUGCCCCGCCCACAGCCGCUGUUCUGACCAGUGGGAGCGGCACACCUGUGUCUGUGAAUCUGGUUACUACGGGAAAGGCUGCACUGACGCCUGCCACCUGAAUCCGUGUGAAAACGAGGCCCAGUGCCACAGGAAACCCAGCUCUUCCCAUGGAUACAUCUGUGACUGUGGAGACAACCACUAUGGGCAGUACUGCCAACACAGGAUUGAUCACCAGUGUCCCAGGGGCUGGUGGGGAUCUCCGACAUGUGGACCAUGUCACUGUGACACCAAUAAAGGCUUUGACCCCGACUGUAACAAGACCAGCGGACACUGUCACUGCAAGGAGUUUCACUAUCGACCGCGGGGCUCCGACACCUGCCUGCCAUGUGACUGCUACCCAGUGGGCUCCUUCUCGCGGUCAUGUGACCCAGAAAGCGGCCAGUGUCAGUGCAGGCCCGGUGUGAUUGGUCGCCAGUGCAACGCAUGUGACAACCCCUUUGCUGAGGUCACAAACUCAGGCUGUGAAGUCAUUUAUGAUGGUUGUCCAAAGACCAUCACUCAGGGGAUCUGGUGGCCUCGCACCAAAUUCAACCUGCCUGCUGCAGUGCCCUGUCCCAAAGGCUCUGUUGGUGCAGCCAUCAGACACUGUGAUGUAGAGAGAGGAUGGCUGGAGCCAGACCUUUACAACUGCACCUCCCCACCAUUUGUUGAGCUCAAUGCCGCUCUUGAUUCCCUGGAACGUAAUGAGACAGAGCUGAACACCAUCAUGGAGAAGAAGCUUGCCCACCAGCUCCGUGACGUCACUGAGGCGACCGCCCGACUCUACGGCAAUGACCUACAGAUCGCCGAACGUCUGCUUUCCCGCCUCCUGACCUUUGAGACCCAACAGAGCGGCUUCGGACUCACCGCUACUCAGGAUGCACACUUCAAUGAGAACAUUGUUCGAGGCUCCAGCGUGCUGUUAGGUCCUGGUACCUCUGGGCUUUGGCGAGCUCUCGCUCAGAGUCAGAACCACAUCCCAGGUGGCGGUCCGGCCGAGCUGACAGAGCUGCUGGAGCAGUAUGCCCAGACUCUGGCCCAGAACAUGAAACUCACCUACCUCAACCCUGUGGCGCUGGUUUCUCCCAACAUAGUCAUGAACCUGGACCGCUUGGAGAACCACACCCAUGUGCGGCGGCGUUUCCCACGUUACCACACCACCCUAUUUCGCGGUCAGGCUUUGUGGGAUCCCUACACCCAUGUGAUACUGCCCCCUGCUGCCCUGGUACCACAACGUCAACAACAAUACAACUGGAAGGAGAAGGAGCGGACAGAGAAAGAACCCUCAGCACCUCAGAACGCUGCUCCAGCUCCUGUUAGUACCCCAGUCAAUCAGACUGGAGAGCACACUGCAGCCAGACGCACUGUUUCGCUCCCGGAGCCGCCCAUCACCAUCGUUAUCAUGUUGAUCUAUCGAAGUCUGGGCGCAGCCCUCCCUCCCAAGUACCACACAGACCGACGAGGAGUGAGGCUUCCCAGACACCCAGUAAUGAACUCCCCCGUGGUCACCAUCUCUGUCUACAACAACCAGACGUUUGUGGAGGGACACUUGGACCAGCCCAUCCUGCUUGAAUUCAAGCUGCUCGAGACGGCCAAUCGCAGUAAGCCUCUGUGUGUGCAGUGGAACCACAGCACUCCGCACGAGAUAGGAGGUUGUUGGACGGUGAGGGACUGUAUGGUGGUGUACAGGAACACCUCUCAUGUCCGCUGUCAGUGUCAGAGACUGGGCACCUUCGGUGUGCUGAUGGACAGUUCACAGAGAGAGCAGUUGGAGGGUGAUCUGGAGAUGUUGGCGCUGAUCACAUAUUCCUCUCUGUGCAUCUCCAUGCUGGCCCUCCUCCUCACUGUGCUGGUGCUCUCCUGCCUCCGAGGCCUCAAGUCCAACACCAGGAGCAUCCAUUCAAACACGGCAGCGGCAAUGUUUUUGUCGGAGCUGGUGUUUCUGCUUGGGGUCAAUCAGACUGAACAACAGUUUUUGUGUACGGUCGUCGCCAUCCUGCUGCACUACUUUUUCAUGUCCACGUUUGCCUGGAUGUUUGUGGAGGGCCUUCAUAUCUACCGCAUGCAGACCGAGCAGCGCAACAUCAACUAUGGAGCUAUGAGGUUCUACUAUGCCAUCGGCUGGGGCGUACCUGCCAUUAUCACAGGCCUGGCGGUGGGCUUGGACCCAGAGGGCUACGGGAACCCAGACUUUUGUUGGAUAUCCAUCUAUGACAAACUCAUCUGGAGCUUCGCUGGUCCUAUCGCCAUAGUCAUACUGAUGAAUGGAGGGAUUUUCAUGAUUGUAGCCAAGAUGUCCUGCAACCCGUCGCAGAAGGAGACCAAGAAGCUCCCUGUCAUUGCUACUAUCCGCAAUGCUUUCCUGCUGUUGCUGGUUGCCACCUCCACCUGGCUGUGUGGUCUCAUGGCUGUGAACAACAGCAUCCUAGCUUUCUAUUACAUAUUUGAUGUCCUCUGCCUAGUGCAGGGUCUGUCGGUGAUGCUAGUCUUCACUGUGUUCAACUCAGAGGUCCAGGAGGCCUGGAGAGUGGCCUGUUUGGGUAAGAAGAGCCCUGGAGAGGACCCACCAAGACCACCGCAGAAUGCAGCUCAGAACCCAUAUCACAAUGCAUCCCUGUUGGAGCAGAGUGGGCUUCACCGCAUCACCCUGGGAACCUCCACUAUCUCCUCUGUCAGCUCCGCCAGAGAAAAUCUUUUGGCUCGUCAGACUCUAGAACAAAACAUCACACACACUGGAGCGACAGACCUGGACGUAGCCAUGUUUCACAGAGACGGAGGUGAGGACUCGGACUCGGACUCAGACCUUUCCAUGGAGGAGGAGCGCAGUCUCUCUAUCCCGUCCUCUGAGAGCGAGGACAACGUCCGCCUUCGUGGACGCAUCCAGCGGCGAUUCAAGCGUUCCAAUCACAGUGAGCGUCUGCUCACCGAGCCCACCCACAACGGCACCAAAGAUCUGGACGGCAAUGACCUUUUGUCCUACUGGCCAGCUUUGGAGGAGUGUGACACACACACUCUACAAAAGUGGGGCUCAGAGCGCCCCCUGGGGGCAGAUUACAGCAAGGACGCUGCUAACAACAACCAGCCUGAUGCAGCGCUGACCAGUGGGGAUGAGAACGGCCUCACUCAGCCACACAGGCACCGCAAGGGUAUCCUGAAGAAUCGCCUUGGCUGUCCUCCAGCACUCCAGGGUCUCUCCACCAUGGGCCGAGUCCCCAGUGAGCUCAACUGGUACAGAACCUCUACUCUGGGCCACCGAGGAGUCCCUGCUGCCUCAUACGGUCGCAUGUACUCCGCCACGGCUAGUGCCGGUGGAGGAACCGGCUCUCUCUCCCAGCCAGCCUCUCGCUACUCUUCCAGGGAGCACCUGGACUCCCUUGCCCGAAGGCAGCUGUCCAGGGAUCCACUGGGCAGGCAGACAGUUGGGGGAUCGAGGGAUCGGCUGGACUCACGGGGUUCCAGGGACAACCUGGAUCUCUUACCCAGGAGGAGAGAGCUGGGACUGGGGCACGGAGCAGGGCUGGGGGGCCUGGGGCUUGAUCACCAGCGAGUCUCAUCAUCAAGGGAGAACUUGUCAGGAUCCAGGGACAGACUGGACAACCACCACACGGGCAGCGUCCACGCCUCAAGGGAGGACUUGAGUGGGAACGGGGGAGCUGUUGGAGCGGGAAUGGAGGGAUACCUCAGCGGAUCAAGGUCGCAGCUGAACACGCUAACUCGGCGGCAGGCUUCGUCCCGGGAGCACCUGGCGGGGGCGGUGAUGAGCAGCAGGUCGCGGGAACAGCUGGACACCAACGGAGUGGGAGCCCAGGCUCAGCCGUGUCGAGAGUGGCUCCGCACUCUGCCUCCCCGUCAGCCCUCACACCCCGACCAGCCCUCCUCCUCCUCUCCCCCUCCCCCAAUUUCCGAGGAGCCCCAGCAAGAGCAGCUCCCUCCUUCGGCUCACGCCAGAGGACGACUGGACUCCGCCCCUCCAUGUAGGUACCCAGGUCAGACAGUCCCCCAGGUUGCAGGUUCAAAUGUAAACCCUCUGGGUCGACAGCCAUCCAGUGAACACCUGGAUAUUCUGUCCUCCAUCCUGGCGUCCUUCAGUUCCUCCGUCCUCACUCCUCCCCCUGCUGCCUCUAACCCUGGGCCUAAUGGCUCCGCACACGGACCCUCUCCCUCCCCGCCCCAGUCUGCCACCUCCCACAGCAUAUCUGAAGUCUCCCCCGACUCUGAAGCCAACAGAAGUGAGGGACAGUCUUGAUGACAGCCUCCAUAUCCCUUUAUGCAUUGUGACAGUGCUUGGCGCACCAGGGACAUGUUCAAAGGUCAUGGAUGGUCCUGAACUACUGGGGUACACUGAGUCAUUGGAGGACUGGAAACAAACUUAGGACAGAGGAGACACAGAGAUAGAAAGAAAGGCAGAAAGAGCAUCUGCUGAGGAUAAAAGAUGAUGUUUGUAGGCAGGUUGUACUGUUUAAAUUAAGUUUUUCAAGUCCCGCUGCCUACAAUAAUCUGAUGUUUCUUUGGACGUUGAGUCAACCUCCUCUACUACCUAAAAACUGUUAUAGACAAACACAAACUCCUCAGUUUUCCAAUACAAAUGUCAGCCUAAUCCAGACAAGAUCCGUCUAAAAGAAAAAAAAGAGAAAAGAUUGUAAAUAACAUUUUUUAUACAUUUUGUAUCUUUUUCAUUUGAGAUGAAGAAGAAAUCUUGUGAUGUUUUCUUUUUUUUUUUUUAAUGAUUGUGUCCAUGUGAGGUUGUGAGUGAGGUUGGUACGAGUGCAGUCUUGUUUGUUGCUGAGGGAGAGAUUUCCCCUACGAAGAAAAAAAAAAAACAACAAAAAAACAGUAAAUCCCCAAAUUUCUCCCCGAAAACAGUUUUUCCUCAGAAAUUUUUCCUCAAAACCCAUCAACUUUGUGUAUAGCAUCAGGGGCCCGGCAAUAGUAUCUGAUGAGAUUAUCGAAACCGCUAGAUGUGGUUGAAGGGAAAAUAUCAAAGUAGUGAGAAGUGAUUGUAAAUAGAGGAAGGGAUUAUAAUAAGAGGAGAGAUUUGAUGGAAUUUGAUGGAGAUGAUUGUUCAGAAAAGGACAGCCAACGUUAAGCUAAAACACCACGUGAAGGUUUCAGAGUUGGUGGUUCAACUAUUAAAGAUCAGUCACAAGUGUCAAAGUAUCAGCUCUUUCAGGAGAUUGUGCUGUUUUGUGAUCCACUGUAUAUGAAUGUGACCUUGUCAUCUGUCUGUGUAUCUUUGUGCCUGGUGCUGUCUGAACCAGAACAUAUCAGCCCACUUGAUAUUACAGGACCGUAUCUAUGGUGUUCUGGGGCCCUGGCGGGUGAAGGUAGACAUCUGUCUGCCUCUCUGUACGAGGCUGUAACAACCAUUUAAAGCCCCUCAAGGUAUUUUGCACUUUGAUGCAUCAUGACUCAACCUGCCUCAAGAGACGCCACAGGAGCCGCCGAAUCUCUCCGGCAGCAUCCAGGAGACUCGUUUAUAGAAGCUUCUCACACAGAACUUCUGUGCAAAUCCAAGCCAAAGGGACAGCUGCUUAAAAUCGGUACAAAACAUUGAUGUUCUCCAGUUUUCUGUGCUGAAAUUGACUUGUGCAGGGUGUGAAAGCUAUAGAUGUAAUUCACAGUUUUGUUUUAAUCAGGAUUUUGUUUUUGUCAUGGAAACAUGUCAAGAGAAAGUGGAGAACAGAUGAAGAGGGAAGACAUUAUGAGUCACAUGUCAGCGUGCUCAGAUGUUUGUUUGGAGAUCUGAAAGCAGACCUGCAGUACAUAUCCAACACGGUAUCUACCCAAAUAUAUUCGCUCAUGUCUGUAGCACAUGAAUCCCAGAAUUUUUUACUUGGCUGAACACAGUUUAUAUAUGAGAAAUUACACAGAGGAGAGACACUAGUUUUAAAUCUGUAGAGUCCUGACUUUGCGUACUUACGUCCAACAUUAGUCGUCCAUCACUGAAGAGGUCCACACCAGAGCACAUUAAUACAGAUUUGCUCAUGUUGUUUAGACUGCUGUGGAAAGGGUCUCAAGAUCUGGCUUAGCUUCUGCAGCACAGCAGCAGUUGUGCAGAGGAGAGGAGAUGUCAGUUGUGUCAGCGCUAAAAGCCUGUAAGUGGUUUUGAGAUGCAGGUCUUUCCAUCAGCAGCUGCUCCUCUCUCACAGCUGCUGGAGCAAGCACUGAGUUCAGGCCUUAAGGUAACAACACACAAGUAUUUGUAAGCGAAGGAGACAGGCAAGCAGUCUUCAGCAGCCUUGAGAGGGAUUAAGGGAUUGUGAAUAACAUAAAUGUUUUUUGUAAUGAAAAAAAUGCAGUGGGUUAUAAAAAGUGAAGGUAAAAUGAGGUUUCAGCUCUGUCAAAAUGUGUUGUCUGCGUGUCCUCGAGCAGAGGGCAUUGUUACAGUCAGAAAAUACUUGUAAUAACACCAGAACAGCCGUGAAUAUAAAACAAUGGGAUAAAGCAGAGCACAGUGGGCACAAAAAUAAAUCAUUCGGUACAAAACCAGACAAGUUUGGAAGGAGAACGAAUCAGGUCAGAAGCCAUGACUGUGUGCAAAAUGUAACCGCAGGCAGGAACGCGUGGACAUUACUCAUCACCGAGAGAAAAAAAAAACACAGAGAAACGGAUGAAAAUGCAGAGAGUGGAAAUAAACACACACGUUGCACACACCUCGCCAGUGCACAUCUCCCCACUAUGACUGCUGUUCUGUCAUUCCCAUGUCCCUGGGAUGUGACAAACAAACUCAUUUUGUGACAGUAUUAUUGCCAAAAAGUGCACCUGCAGGGGAACACUAGUCUUUUAAAGGAAUACUACUCCUAAAAAAAAUCCAACACUGAUUCCCUCUUACUUUUUCCAUUUAGUUUUUUCACAGAUCCAUUUUUCUUCAACUGACAACACCUUUAACUUGUACAGACAUGAGAUUUAUUUUAUCUAUUGAUAAUUUAUUGACAUUGUAUUUAUUUAUUUUGCCAUUUUGUAUGAGAGGCUGCUGUUAAAGAUGUAUUUGUGAUUUUUAUUUUUUUGUUCAGAUGUUUCUUUUGUUUACAUGUAAUGUUUCUUAAGAUCUUGAGUCUCUCACUGCAACAAAGUCAUAGAUGGAGGACAAGAAAAGAGGGGAAUGUGAAGAUAAAAUUGUCUAUUUACACCUAGAAUUACAAUAUGAUGCAGAUUAAGGACAAAGAGCUUUUAAACAUUUGAACGCUGGUUUUAACAUGGCAAAAUAAAACGUUGUUAUAUUAGUUGUCUUAAUCCAACCAUAAGUCUGGAGUAAUCUUCAUUUGGUGCAUUGAUCCUGUCCAGACAGAAUGUCAACAUAUGUAAACGUAUCUAUACUAAAAGUUGAAUACUGGGUGUAAAUAGUCCAGUUAUAUCCCAAAUCAAACUUUUUUCCUCCCUGUCCACUUUUAUAGAUCAACUGAAGCUUCACAAGCACAAGAUCAGAUUGUUAACCAGGAAUUUAACUGCUUUUACACAUGACAGACAGCUGUCAGAACCAGUGAAAGAACAGAACACUCCAGCUUCAGGUUAAUCUGGUUUGGACCAAUAGGAGCCACACAAGUGAGGGGAGACAAAAAGACUGGGUUGAGACUAAAACGUUGUGAUAUGCUCUGAAAAAAAAAAGAAAUGGGGGAAGUGACAGAAGGACAGAAACAGAGUGAGAGAGCGAGAUGGGUAGAGGAGGAGGAGGAGGAGGAGGGAUGGGAGAUUGUCUUUGUUAGCUUGUGUGUUCAUUAUGGGAUGCCUUCUAUCCCGCCGUCGGCAAGGGGACGGCGGCAUGGAAACAGCUGUUCCCCUGUUACCGCGGAAACAAGAGAAAUGUUGGACAUUAAAAUAAUGACUUAUUCCUACAA